AUGCCACCGAAGCAAGACAACGUCCAGCGGCUCCUCGCAGCGGAGCAGAAGCGAAACAAAAUUAUCGCGGACGCGAAGGCGCGCAAGCAGGCAAAGGUGAAGCAGGCAAAAGUGGACGCGGAGCAAGAGGUGGCGGCCUUCAGGCGCGAGAAGGAGCAGGAGUACGAGCAGUACAAGGUGCAGCAGCUCAGUGGCGCCGACGUGGAGAAUGUGACCCUCGCCCGUGAGACGGAGCUGCAGCUGCAGGAGCUCCGCACGCUGACGGCGCAGCGCAUGGAUAAGGUCGAGGGGAUGAUGGUGUCGUUGAUUGUGCAGUGA